AUGCGUUACGUCAACUGUUCAAGGACUGACGCUGAGACUAACCUAUCUGCAUUUCAGUACAAGGGGCAGAUCUACUACAAGACGGACUCUGCAAUUAGCAGGGGGAGCGAGCUGAUGUGCUGGUACGGAGACGAUUUCGGGAAGGAUCUUGGUCUAUCGAGAGAGCCAUCCAAGUGGAAAUCAGCGAAGAAAGACGCAAUAGAUCGACAGUGCGAAUGGUCUGGCUUAGUCUACACCUCGAAAGAUCUAAUGCGUCCCCUAAAAGUGUUCAGAAAGCAUAUUCGCACUUACACGCCGCCAACAUGCUCCACGCGAGGAACCAGCAGCAGUAGUGGCUCAACCAAACAAUCUUUGCGAGAAGAAGCGCCGCAGUUCCCGGAAAAGGCGUCUCAUGAGACGCUGUGUUCGCCAGCAUGUGAUGAAUAUAAUACUGAGUGUUCGCAGUGUGAUUACAAGUGUGAAUCUGCUGAUAUCCUAAAUAAACAUGUGUUAAUACACAGUGGAAAAGAACUGUUGGAGUGUUCAGAGAGUAGGAAAAGAUUUGCUGACAGUGAUAAGUUGAAGGAAACCAAAAAAUAG